CAGUUCAUAAGUGUAGAAAACCUGGAAGAUUGAAGAUCGAUUUUGUUUGUGCGCUAAGUCUGGCAAAGCUGGUGUAAUGAUGACGAAGGUAUGCUAAUCUUUCGAGAUGCGUAAUCUACCACAAUGUGGCUGUGAGCAUGUGUCAUCAUUGAUAACACCUUCUUCCUGUCUCAACAUCCUGCAUCGGACAAAGUAUUGUUUUUCCAGCUGUUUAUAAAGCCUGGGAUAUUACGCUCUCUUAUCAUUCAGUUAUCACAUCCAGCAGUGUUUCGUGAGAGCCAGAAGACUGCCUGACUAACGCUACAAAGAUCGAUCGACGACCAUGAUUUCAUUAGCUAUUUUAUCGAUUUUACUUUCCAUCAAUUACUGUGCAGCUCAAAACGCAAAUGCCAACAGUGCCCAAAGCAUUGGAGAUGAUCAAGCAAACUGGCAGGCAUUGUGGACCGCGAUGUCAACCAUGAGGGAUGGCAGAUCUCAAUCAUCUCAUGUCGCUGACAGUACUCGACUAUCCUUGUUUGAUAUAAUACUGAGGGCCAAUGUUCAGGCAAGGCGCCAAACACAUGUACGAAGCGGCGAAGCGGAGUUUCUCUAUCAAGGUGAUAUUGCGAUGAAUAAGCGUGAUGUCGUGGACAUAGUUAAUGGUGGUGGAGCGGGAAGACGCAAACGAGCUGUGAUGAAAAAGCUUGCUACAAGAUUGUGGCAGCCUAAAAAGAUAGCUUACGUAAUAAGCAGUGACUUAGGAAAGUUUGCAAAACUAGCGAUUCUCGCAGCAAUUAAGCACUGGGAAGAUACGUUACCAUGCAUGGGAAAGUGGAGGGACAUAAACAAUCUGGAUAGUUCAAAAAGACCACGGGACUACAUUCGUUUCAUCAAAGGAGAGGGUUGUUAUUCAAGAGUGGGUCGUCAAAGAGGUCGCCAGUUGAUAUCAAUUGGAACUGGAUGCGGUUACGUUGGUGUUGUGACACACGAAAUCGGUCACGCAAUGGGUUUCUGGCACGAACAGUCUCGCACUGACAGAGACGAAUACAUAGACAUUCACUGGAAUAAUAUUCUACCAGCUAUGAGAUUUAACUUUGAAAAAUACACAUCGUCAAGAAUUGAUGAUCUUGGUGUCGAAUAUGAUUAUGAAAGCGUGAUGCAUUAUGGGCCAAAAGCUUUCUCUAAAGACGGAAGAUCAUCCACAAUUUCAAUCAAGCGCAAUAAGAAUAAGAAUGGCGUAAGACUGGGGCAGAGAUAUAGAUUGAGCGAACUGGAUAAAAAACAAGCUCGACUUCUAUACAAUUGUAACGUCAAGUCUCCAUGUAGUUCUAAUCCGUGUUUGAAUGCUGGGGUAUGUAGCAACAAUGGGGAAAGAUACACUUGCAGAUGUACGUCUGGAUACACUGGAGCAAGGUGUGAAAAUAGGGAAGCUCAGGUUUGUGUCAAUGAUAAAGAUACCCGCUGUAGUAAAUGGGGUCAGGAUGGUUUCUGUAAUCCUGAAAAGGGUUAUGGAGACUUCAUGAAGCGAAGGUGUUGCGCAACCUGUCGUCGAUAUACUUCGGUUAAGCCUUGCAGUUCAUCACCAUGUUUGAACAGAGGUACCUGCACGAACAUUGGGAAUAGAUAUAGUUGUACAUGUACAGUUGGGUACACUGGGACGCGAUGUGAAAGAAGAGUAUCACCCUGCAAUUCGUCUCCUUGCUUGAAUUCCGGGGUAUGCAGGAACAAUGGCGAUAGUUACACUUGCAGAUGUACUUCUGGGUACACAGGAGCAAGAUGCGAGACGGAAAGACGAAGCGUUGCUGUAUGUACUCGGAACUUACAUUCGAAGUGUGAGACGUGGAAACGCCACUGCUUAGUAUAUAAUGGAAAUAGAUAUUACUCGUUUAUGAAAAAGAAUUGCUGUAAAACCUGCAAAGAACAUUGCUAUAAUGACAAAAACGAACAUUGCAAACGGUGGAGUGAAAACCGCUUUUGCCAGCUUCAGCAGUUCAAGACAUACAUGCAAAACAACUGCCCCCUUUCAUGUGGAUACAGAUGUUAGACUGCAUGAUCCCGCUAAUUGUCGAACAUGUCUGUGUUUUUAACACUUUAUCAUAAGAUGAUACUGCAU